UUGGAUUUGUCUGAAAAUGCUUUUUCAGUCCACAUUCCAUCAUCAAUAGGCAACAUAACUCAGUUUAUGCUCUACACCUUGAAAAGAACCACUUAAUGGGUACUAUUCCUUCCACUUUUGGAAACCUCCAUUACUUGCAAGACCUUGACCUUUCUCAAAAUAAUCUCCAAGGAUCCAUACCCAAAGAAGUUAUGGGACUUUCUUCCCUGACCAUUUCCCUAAAUCUAGCCAAAAAUAAACUCACUGGAGCCCUGCCUUCAGAAAUUGGUAACUUGAAAAAUCUUGGACGCUUGGAUCUUUCUAACAAUAAGUUGUUAGACAAAAUUCCAAGGGGCCUCGGCAGUUGUGUAGCCUUGGAAUACCUCCAAAUGGAAGGUAAUUUCUUUAUAGGAACUAUUCCUACUUCUUUUAGCACCUUGAGAGGACUCAGAGACUUGGAUCUUUCACACAACAACUUGUCGCGAGAAAUUCCAGAGUACUUCCAACGCCUUUCGCUCACAAAUUUGAACCUUUCAUUCAAUCAUUUUGAUGGCGAGGUACCAACAGGUGGAAUUUUCAAAAAUGCAACUGCCAUAUCGGUAGCUGGUAACGAUAAGCUCUGUGGAGGUUUACCAGAAUUAAAAUUACCUCGGUGUUCUCCAAGUCAUUCAAAGAAAGAGAAAAUGUCCAGCAGACUGAAGUUAAUAAUUCCGGUACUUACCGGACUUGUGGCGCUAGUUUUGAUCAUGUCACUUGUAAUUAUCCACCGGUUGAGGAAGUGGAGAAAGGAGCCUUCAGCUGAGUCCUCAUCGACUAAAAAGGAUUUGCUUCUAAAUGUCUCUUAUGAAAGUCUCCUCAAGGUGACAGAUGGAUUUUCUUCUGCCAACUUAAUUGGUUCCGGAAGCUUUGGCUCUGUCUAUAAAGGAAUUCUCGGUCUAAACUACAGAAUUGUUGCUGUGAAAGUACUUAACCUACUUCAACAUGGAGCUUUAAAGAGUUUCAUGGCCGAAUGUGAAGCUUUAAGAAACAUAAGGCACCGCAAUCUUGUCAAAAUUCUAACAGCGUGCUCAAGUAUUGACUUUCAAGGUAACGAUUUCAAAGCUUUGGUGUAUGAGUUCAUGCCUAAUGGGAGUUUAGAAAGUUGGUUACUACCAGAUGCAGAUGCUGAUCAUAUGAAUGAUAGCCCGAGGAUUUUAAGCCUUCUGCAAAGAUUAAACAUUGCGAUUGAUGUGGGUUCAGCUCUGGAAUAUCUUCAUCACCAGUGCCACAAGCCCAUUGUCCAUUGUGAUUUAAAGCCGAGCAAUGUUCUUCUUGACAUUGAUAUGACUGCACAUGUGGGUGAUUUUGGGUUAACAAGGUUCAUUCCUGAAGCCACGAGUAGGUCUCAUCCAAAUCAAAGCAGCUCCAUUGGAUUGAAAGGAACCGUUGGCUAUGCUGCACCAGAGUACGGAAUGGGAAGUCAAGUUUCAACAUAUGGUGACGUGUACAGCUAUGGCAUCCUCUUGUUGGUGAUGUUUACAGGGAAAAGGCCAACUGAUGACAUGUUCAAAGACGGAUUAGAUCUUCACAACUUCGUUAAGACAGGCUUGCCUGAACGAAUAUCCGAAAUUCUAGAUCCAGUUUUUGUUGCUGGAGGGGAAGAAGAAGAAGAAAGAGGUGAUCCAGACAUACAAAAGGAAAAAAUACAGGAGAGUUUGAUUGCAAUACUCAAAAUUGGAGUUGGUUGCUCAGUGGAUUUCCCCAAAGAGCGAAUGGACAUCAUUGAUUCUGUCAAAAAUUUACAGAAUCUCAGAAGCUCUCUUCUUCGCUAUGGGAUUAUCUAAAUCAAAUUAAAGUUAAUUGUAUAACUAAUUGCACCCGUCUUCUGUUGCAAGGAAUUGGAGUCCUUCAGGAAUAAAAAUU